AUGUUCUUCAAAUCUACUACCAUCAUCUCUACUCUCGCUGCCCUCUUCGUCGGCCAAGCUAUGGGUGGUGUCUUGAUUGCUACCGACCCAGUCUCUGCUUGCGGCCCGCCAAACAACAAUGACCACCAUGCUGGAAGUAGCUGCAAAUUCUACUCUGGCCCUUCGGACACUUCCACUGUGCUUUCUGGCACUUGUGUCGAUCGCAAUGGCAAGUUGACCUGCGUCCCAUAG